AGUGCCUCGUUUUCUGUCUUUUUUAAUUAAUGAGCGCCGCGUCGGUGGUCACGUAAGCACCGACCAGCGGGGCGAGCGAGCGCGCGCGGCGCGUCCCAAUUAUCUGGUUCGGCGCUGGCCGGGGGGCAAAACAGGGAAAAAGGAAUUUGCUCAAUAUUGCGGCACACGAGUCGCCGAGUGUUCCGGCCGAUUGAGAUUUCCUCAAUUAGUAUGACAGCGAUCGCGCUUGGAUCGGCGUCGAUGCUCGAUCCGCGGGAACGGACACGCACGCCGGGGAACAUCGCGAAUCCACCAGCUUUUCCACCGUUUGCGAUUGAAAAACAGCGCCUCGUCAUUUACGCGCAGGACGGACGGUCUGCAGUUGUUUGACGAGCCGGUACAAUGGUGCAAGAGUCGCACAACUUGAGGACGAUAAAAAUCGACGAUCCGACGGUGGUCUCGUCGACGACGGUCUCAACGGAAAGCGAGAACACCGGUAACGGCGCGAGCUUGUACAGCAAGUGUGUGACAGCGAUCGACGUCGUGAACCAUGUACUCAUCGUAUGUUUGACGGUGCUGACCCUGUACUACUCGGCGGUAUCCACCGGCGUGCUGGAUCUUCACAUCACUCUCUGCACAAUAGGGUACAUCCUGCUGAUGUCCGAGGCUAUCGUGGUGCUGGCUGGCGAGAGCGCGCUGACGAACUUUCUUUCGCGGCGUGCCAAGAGCCACAUACACUGGAUCCUGCAGGUGUUAGGGCUGGGGUGCAUCCUGGCCGGCGUGGUGAUCAUGUACAGGGUGAAGAAGGUACACUUCAAAUCGAACCACGCGAUACUGGGCCUGUCCUCGCUCGUUAUGAUGAUCGUCCUGACUGUCUGCGGUUACCCUGUGCUGGUUGCGGCGAAACUACGGAAGCUGAUCAGACCGGUGAUCCUCAAGUUCGGCCACAACCUGUUAGGUAUAAGCUGCUUCGUCGUGGGCAUGGCCUCGCAGUGCCUCGGAUACAAGAUGAGAUGGCUGCCGAACGUUUCCGGUAUACCGAACGUUCAGGCGAUCUCGCUCGUGCUGACCUCCGCGAUUAUCGUUCUGACCGUCAGGAGCGCUUUGCCUACGCUCUUCCGGCAGUUUAGGUCUUGCUUUAGGUAGAAUUUUUAGGAGAGGCUGCUGCUUUGAUGCAUUUAUUUGGGGGGUUUGGGGUCGUUUGUAUGGUGAGUGGAGAUUCUUUCGGUUUCCAUAGUUUGCGUCACGUGGAUCUCUUAGUAGAUUUAGUCUGAAAUUUUGUGAACUUUAUUUGAUCGGUUUUAUAUUUUUGAAUCAAUUAUUCCUAAGUUUAGAUUUUGAUCGUUUUUAUAUUUUUGAAGCAAGUCCUUCUCAAGUUUAGAUUUUGAUGGUUUUUAUAUUUUUGAAGCAAGUCCUUCUCAAGUUUAGAUUUUGAUCGUUUUUAUAUUUUUGAAGCAAAUCCUUCUCAAGUUUAGAUUUUGAUCGUUUUUAUAUUUUUGAGCCAAGUUGUUCUCAAGUUUAGAUUUUGAUCGUUUCUAUAUUUUUGAAUCAAGUCCUUCUCAAGUUUAGAUUUUGAUUGUUUUCAUAUUUUUGAAUCAAGUCGUUCAAGUGUUCUGUUUGAAUGAAUUUUUUAGCUUGAGUAAUUUUCGAAUUUCCGAGUUGAGUAGAUUUUAUAUUUUCCAUUCGUGUUUCCCAAGUUUCAGCUCGAAUUUUCAAAUGUGUCUGUAACAUAUUACUUUGAAUCAUUGCAAAGACACUUAGAUUUCACGGUAGAAAAUACAAUUCCACUUUCUCCGUGCGAAAGCAUUAUUACAAACGAUCCCAACCAUCCGAGCCGCAGCGCGAUUCCACGGAAGAUGAUCCGAGUUCAUCAUUGAUACGGCCCGAUACACAUUCCCGAAAAUUCAUUUGAAACUCUGAAACUGUUCCGUAAUCCGAUCACCAUUGAGGAUCGGAUCGAUGGUCGCGUAAACAUUCCGCGAGAAUAAUUAUUGAGCGCAGUCCGCGUCGGCGGAACGACGAGAGAUAGACGUGUCUGGAGAUAAAUAUUGUUUACAAUAGAUUUUCAUUUGCCCGGCGAUCCCCGGCAACACGGGGAACUCCGGUGAUCGGCUGCUGGAAAAUACGUAUUGCGUUAACGCCGCUGACGCGAUCGCGUCGCGUAAUCAAAGUUCAAUUAUAUAAAGUCAUUACGGCCGGGCAUGUCCGCGGAAUAUCUGCUCGCUCGUUUAAUAGGCGAGUUUACGCGUUGAUUCAAAAGAGGCGGCCCGCGCCGCUCUCGUCCAACGAAAUCCCAGAUUGUAAUUCUUCUCUCGCGCGACCGGUGCUUAAUUAAUCGAAACAAUUGCCCGCGCGAAGGACGGGUUCGGACCUUCCACGGACAACACGUAUAAAGCGCGUUAAUUCGUGGGAAGAAGUCGAGCUUAAAAGUUUCUCUCUACCGUAGAAUUAAUAUUAAAGACAGUCGUCAAAUAACCGGUUUUAAAAUUCCAUUAAAAAUCCUGCGUCUUCUUGAUUAUAUUCAUUGACUAGAUUUGAUUCGAUUAGCAUUGAUUAGAAAUUUACACGAACUCUUAUCCGAUUUUUCCCGAAUGAAUUCUUCAAAUUUUCUCUUCUCGACUCACUGAUUCGUUUACCUGUAUUUUACAAUCGGUUAUUUGAUUGAUUAUGGUAGAUCUAGAUGUAUAUAUAGCGAUACGUAUAUUUAACGUCAGAGUUCUCUCUAUACUGUAUAAUAAUGAGGAAUAAAAGGAAACGAUGGUAAGAA